GCUGGCAAUGGAUAAGCUGCGCGAAUGAAGUCGAGAGGAACACCAGGUUGCAGAGAUACGCAAGAAAUGAUUUCAAUUUCUUGUUACAGUAUCAAUCCUUUUUGAAUUCCCCCUAUAAAUAUCAACCAUUUACCUGCAAUCCAAUCAUCCAUUGGGCUCUCUCUGCUGUCUGUUCUCUUCACAUCUCAAGAGCAACCAGUAACCAGCUCUCUGUUUUCCAUCUAUACCUAUACCUGUUUGGUUUCCCAGAAAAUUUUAGUUGCUGAUUCUUUUUGUUUGUUUCUUGGGUAAUCGGUAUUAAGAGAAGCACCCACGAUGACGAUCAAACCGGUGGUUCGGAUCCAUGACAGGAAACUAAUUGUGAAAGAUCGUACGAUCGUGAGUGGAGUACCGGACAAUGUGAUACCAACAUCCGGUGAUUCCUCCGGUUCCGUCGAAGGGGUCUUUCUGGGAGCUGUUUUCAAUGAAGAAAACAGUCGCCAAGUGGUGCCUUUGGGCACUUUACGGGAAGUCCGGUUCAUGGCCUGCUUCCGGUUCAAGCUUUACUGGAUGGCCCAGAAAAUGGGAGAUCACGGGAGGGACAUUCCUCUGGAGACGCAAUUUUUGCUAGUCGAGACUAAGGAUGGUUCCCAACUCGAAUCCGACUACGGAAACGAAGAGAAUCAGAUAAUUUACACAGUUUUCCUUCCUUUGAUUGAAGGAUCUUUUAGAGCUUCUUUGCAGGGAAACAUGAACGACGAGCUCGAGCUCUGUUUGGAAAGCGGCGACCCUGAAACCAAAGCGUCGUCGUUUUCGAACUCUUUGUUCAUUCACGCCGGUACAGAUCCGUUUGGUACGAUUGCAGAUGCAAUAAGAUCAGUUAAGUUACAUUUAAAAACUUUCCGUCAACGGCACGAGAAAAAAUUGCCUGGGAUCGUAGACUAUUUCGGAUGGUGCACCUGGGAUGCAUUUUACCAUGAAGUGACUCAAGAAGGAGUGGAGGCUGGGCUCGAUAGUUUAGCCGCCGGUGGGACACCUCCAAAAUUCGUGAUCAUCGACGAUGGAUGGCAAUCAGUUGGUGGCGACCCACAGGAGGAAACCGACGAGAACAAACAGCAGCAGUUGCUUAGGUUGACUGGAAUCGAAGAAAAUUCGAAAUUCCAAAAGAAAGAUGAACCAAUGGUAGGGAUAAAGAAUAUCGUAAACAUCGCGAAACAGAAGCACGGGUUGAAAUACGUGUAUGUAUGGCACGCUAUUACCGGAUACUGGGGUGGGGUUCGGCCGGGAGUGAAGGAAAUGGAGGAAUACGGGUCGUUGAUGAAGUAUCCGAUGAUUUCAAAGGGAGUGUUGGAAAAUGAUCCAACAUGGAACACUGAUAUAAUGAAGGUGCAGGGAUUGGGGUUGAUGGAUCCUAAGAGCGUGUACAAAUUCUACGAUAAAUUGCAUAGUUAUCUGGCUUCUGCGGGUAUAGAUGGGGUUAAGGUGGACGUGCAGUGCAUAUUGGAGACGCUGGGUGGUGGUUUGGGAGGAAGGGUAGAGUUGACUAGGCAGUAUCAUCAGGCUCUUGAUGCGUCUGUGGCCAGGAACUUCCCUGAUAAUGGCUGCAUUGCUUGCAUGAGUCAUAAUACUGAUGCAUUGUAUUGCUCGAAACAAACGGCGGUGGUGAGAGCAUCAGAUGAUUUCUUCCCACGGGAUCCAGUUUCACACACAAUCCAUAUAGCAGCAGUGGCAUAUAACAGUGUUUUUCUAGGAGAAAUCAUGCAGCCUGAUUGGGAUAUGUUCCAUUCCCUCCAUUCAGCUGCUGAAUAUCAUGCAUCUGCCAGGGCUAUCAGCGGUGGCCCUGUCUAUGUGAGUGAUGAGCCUCGCAAGCACGACUUUAAGGUACUAAAGAAGCUGGUCCUGCCUGAUGGGUCUAUUCUUCGUGCCCGUUUGCCUGGCCGCCCUACCCGUGACUGUUUGUUCUCUGACCCCUCACGCGAUGGUGUUAGCUUGUUGAAGAUAUGGAACAUGAACAAAUAUACAGGAGUUCUAGGAGUUUACAAUUGCCAAGGUGCGGCCUGGAACAGUGUUGAAAGGAAGAAUACUUUCCACCAAACCAACUCUGAUGCUUUAACUGGACCCAUCAAGGGCCGUGAUGUCCAUCUCAUUGCUGAAGCAGCCACAGAUUCCGACUGGAACGGUGACUGUGCUGUCUACUGCCACCGGACUGGUGAAAUUACCAUUCUCCCUUAUAAUUCAGCCUUGCCGGUGUCACUCAAAGUCCUUGAGCAUGACAUCUUCACUGUGACACCCAUCAAGGUUUUAGCACCUGGGUUUAGCCUCGCACCUUUUGGGCUCAUUGACAUGUACAACGCUGGUGGAGCCAUUGAGGUGCUUAAGUAUGAAGUGAAAGAAGGAGCAAAACUAUCAGAGCUUGAUGAAAACAGUGCUGCGAGUGAUGGAAGGGUGGAGAAUUGCAGUGGUGAAAUAGUAGGUAAAAUUUGCAUGGAGGUUAAAGGGUGUGGCAACUUUGGUGUUUAUUCGUCUACGAGACCAAGUAGCUGCACUGUGGACUCCAAUGUGGUUGAUUUUGCGUACGAUUCGUCAGCUGGAUUGGUUACUUUUAGCUUGGAUGGCUUGCCUGAAGAGGGUAAACUUCAUACCGUUGAGGUUGAAUUGUAGAUUAAUAUUUUACUAGGGUUGGUAGAUCAUGAAGGGCUGGAUGUGGGCAGAUGCUAGGCAAUUUGGGGAUUAUUAUGGAAAUAAUUACCAUUUCCCCUCUCAAUUUUCUUCUAUUUUUGGCCUAAAGAGUUCAUGUAACGUAUUAAUUGGAGGGGAAGAUUCCAGUAAAGUUUCUUUUAUGUACUAGUUAUAAAUUACUGCAUUGUUGUGUUAUAA